UUCUUGGCGAAAAUCACUUGGGAGUGCUACCCACAUCUGCUCAUUUGCCAUUCCGAGCGGCAAGGCGAAGCAGGUCGCUAUUCAGACACCAUGGGCGAGAGCUUGACCGUCAGACUCUUCGUGCGCACGCAGACGUACGACAUCCCAUGUGACCCGCGGCAGCCUGCCAAAUGGCUGCUAAUGCAGGCUAAGAACAUCCAGCGCUCCAGUCAGAAGAACACGCCACCGGAGGACGAGCUGGAGGUGCUAUUUAACCGCACAACUCGCCGGGUAAUCGACCUGGAGGACUCAAUCGGCAGUAGCAUAUCUGCCAUGGACGUGAUCGAUGCCCGUACGUUACUACAGACACCCGACACGUCAUACAAUAGUGUCAUGUUCCCGUGGCUCCGCUCGUAUCCGGGCGGCUUGCUCUCAUCCGACAAGAUCGACUCGUCCAAUGGUCUCUUCUUCCAGCAGCUCUACGCCUUCACGCUGAUUGGUAAGCGUACACCAGUGAGUGCGGCUCAACGCAAGCAGAAACAGGAUCAAGACGCUUUCUUGUCGUUGCUACACACGUACGUCACGGGCAAUUACGACCAGGACCACAAGUCACGACCACAGCCAACAGGUGUCCGACGAGUAACAGUGCCGUCGUCGCCUGUAUAUCCACCAGAGCACGACCCGAAUGGCUUCUCAGACUCAGGAUCAGACAGCAGCUUGGAGGACUCGCCGUCGUACCCUACACGCCCGAGAAACGACAACGUUGGGCCUCAGCGUAUCCCCGCUCCUUCGAGUCCUGUACACCAGGUGCCGACGGUCCCGUCUCCUUCGGUUCCUCGUCCGCAGAACGCAUUGGAUGGGAUGGAGAAUGUAUUCGAUAUUGUAUUCAAGCAACAAGCUAUUGGUAUGAAGCUCGGCGCCGACGAGACCAAGCAAUUCGCGAUUGUCAAGGAGUGCUUCGAAGGAUCCGAGGCCAAGAGAUAUCCAGAGAUUCAAAGCGGUGUAGUUAUCCUGGCGGUAAACGGACAGGAAGUGAGCGGGCUUGGACUGUCCCGCGUGCUCUAUCGACUAAGAGAGGCCCCACGUCCUGUGGUUGUUCGCUUCGGUCGCAUGUCGACGCGUCAAUUGCUUGAGCGACGCAAGGCUCAUGGUCGGUGGUAAAUACUAACCAAACCGCUAGCAUUGGCAUUAAAAAAAACAAAGGAGACCUUCGUGAUCAAAUCGUUAAUAGUAUGUUUGCCAGCAGAAUGUUUAAAUGGACGGUAAGGCAUUACAAUUGCUUGUUCUCGAGAAGUUAUCCCUCCAAGUACAAGUUUUAUUUUCUUGAAUUUAGCAUCUAAUAACUAAAAUUACGUUUCUAGCCCAUCGAUGCCCC